CGCGUUGUUAAAGCAAAGAACAAAAUUAAUUGUGAUUGUGACAGAAGCGUGAAUAAGUUGAAAUUGUUACGAACAAUUAUUGUAAGGAAUUGAAAGUGCAAUUCGAAAAGUUCUAUCGUAGUUUUAUAUAUUUGUGGUAUUGUGGUAUUGUACAAAAUGCAAAAAAAUUCUUUCGUUUGGUGUUUUUUGUUUUUCGUUGCUUUAAAUGCUGUUGCAAUAGCUGCAGGUCGGGCGAGUGGUCGUGACACUGCUUACUCGAGAAGGCAAUAUUAUGGCUACGGCCAGCAACCCCAACAACCUGCAACACAGCCACCACCGCAAACGCCUAAAGAAUAUUUAGAUAAAAAAUCUGGAUUAUCAACUUUCGGAAUUAUAACCAUAAUAUUUUUUGCCAUUGUAUGUUGCCUGAUAUUCUAUUAUGGUAUUAUGUGCUAUCCGUUAUUGUGUAGAGAGGAGAAAAAUUAUCGCUUUAUGGACGUAUCCUCCACAAUGACUGGGGCAACGUCACGCUCAAUACAAUCCAUUGAAAACUAUCCUGUAGAUCAGAAACAUUAGAAGAAACAGUUGAUGCAGCCAAAAAUUACAUGAACCGAUGCCAAUUUGUUUUCUUUACUCGAAGGAUGCAACAUGAAAGACUACAAAAUAAUUUAACUUAAAAUGUUUGGUAUGGUAUUUAAUUAAUUAAGAUAGUAUAUAAGUUUAUUCCAAAGGAAUUUGUCAUAUAAAUAUUUUGUUAUCGGUUCAGUUUAGUAAGAAAUGAACGCACCGCACUAAGGAUUAUUAGCCAGCAUUUAUAUGUGUAUACAAAAUUAGAAUUUAAAAUGAUUAAUUUUUUAACUCAUUUGCUUGACUCACAUAUGGAAGUUUCUAUAUAAAUUUCUGGUAUUUUUAUAGCAGGCAAACUAGUAUAGUAGUAAUCAAGGAAAACCAGAAGCAGAUAUCACAAUACAACAAUAAUACAAAUAUUGAAGAAAAACCAAAAACAAAAAAAAAACAAAAAUAUUUGGCUGUAAAUCACAAGGUACAAUUUUCACUUAAAAGCAAACCCCUCAAGCUAUUGUUUUCUCAUUAUAAGAAAUUUUAACGGCCCUUCAUAUCGCUUCUUCACACAGCGCAGGUACUCGAUUAACUUAGAUUUUGUAAGCAACAGAUAUUUCUGAUGAACUGCACAGUACAUUCGGUAUACAAUGACUUUCUUACAAUCACACCAAUGACACCAAAGGAAAUGAGUCACCAUUUACUAAGAAUUUGGUUUUAUAUAUAUUUUUUUAAAUAUAUAUUUAAUGUGUCAUAACCACAACAAAUUUGAGGUAAUUUUUUUUUCUAAAAUAACAAAAAACAAUGCAUUUUGCUAUAUAUUGACUGUAGUGUGUAUAUUAAAGUCACUCUAACCGUUCUACCACUGCUGUCUACCUGUUGUAAUCAAACGGACAGCAGAUUAGAAUGGUAAGAUGAAUUGGGUUUGUCUGGCAGUAUCUGUCCAAGUAUCUGACUUUUUGUGAUUUUCACAUCGAAUCGAAUCGAAUUCUAUGAUUUUUUCUUCUAACAAAAUAAAUUUCUGUUUAUAAUUGUUUUAUUACUAACUGUGUUGCGUUGUACAUCACUUGAAUUAAAUCUCAUACAAAACAGAAUUUUAUUCUUCACUGUUAAGGAAAUUUAAAGGAAAUUAAUGUCUCAGUAUGUACAUAUAUGUAUAUCAAUUGAAUUAUUUAUGCCAAUACACAAAUGAAUUAUUUAUAAAAUGUGUGCUUUAGAGUUGACCAGAAACACUUUUCUUUCUUUCUUAAUCAAUUUAAAUUUUAUUUUCUUCUGUUCAAUCAAAUCAAAUUUAUACCAAUCAGUAACAGUAAGUCGUCUCUCUCUUUUUACAGUAAUUGUGAUUCAAUUAAAUUUUACACUAGUUUAGGCAGGCAAAAGUAUUUUUGCAAUUAUAUAUAUAUAGAAACUUUAAUUAUAUUCUGUUAGAGGAAGAUAUGCUGGGCUUUAUAAACUAUAAGCCCAGCUGAUGCUAAUUAAUCAUUUAAAUAACUUAUCAGAACUAAUAGAGCUGUUAUUACAGUGGACAUCCAAAUGGUCACAGACACUAACUAAAGUAAAAGUGCUUUAGACACUAACUCGAGUUUCAUUCAGCAAAGAUAAGACUUACUAUUAUAAGUUAUUAUAUACACUGCCAGAAAUAAAACACAGUUAGACUAUGAAAAACACAAAAUUUUCCAUUAUGUACUAUUUCACAUCUUUUUUCAACAUUUGUUUUUGAGAAAAUAUUAAAAAAAAACAGA